GCCGGCCCGAUAAUGAGGAAACAGGAAGGACGUAAGAGGAAGCUGGCGGAACUCAAAUGCUCGCCGUCAAAGUUGGUCAGAAAUGCCACCGGAAUCAAUCUCACCGUCAAUGACCCUUAUCCCAACCACCUACCACCUACGUCUGAAGAAUGCCGAGCCGUUCGAGACGAUCUCUUAGCCUUCCAUGGAUUCCCCUCACAGUUCGCCAAAUACCGCGAACAAAGAUUAAACCGUCUUUCAAGCGAGGAUGAAUAUGGAUCCACGACAUCUCCUCCGACGGCAACGGUGGUUUCUCCGGCGGAAAGCGUUUUGGACGGGCUAGUGAGCACGAUAUUGUCGCAAAAUACUACUGAUGCGAACUCUCAAAGGGCAUUUUCUUCACUCAAAUCUGCUUUCAGCACAUGGGAGGAUGUUCUUGCUGCUGAUUCGAAGUGCAUUGAGAAUGCUAUAAGAUGUGGAGGGUUAGCCCCAACAAAGGCUUCUUGUAUAAAGAAUAUGUUGAAUUGCCUGUUUGAGAAGAGAGGGAAGUUAUGCUUGGAGUACCUGCGGGACUUGUCAGUUGAUGAAAUAAAGAUGGAACUCUCUCGAUUCAAGGGGAUCGGGCCUAAAACGGUGGCAUGUGUAUUGAUGUUUAAUCUUCAGCAAGAUGAUUUCCCAGUAGAUACACAUAUUUUUCAGAUUGCAAAGGCAAUUGGUUGGGUGCCCAUAGAGGCAGACACUAAGAGGACAUAUCUUCAUCUCAACACAAGGAUACCAAAUGAACUGAAAUUUGACCUAAAUUGUCUUUUGUUCACCCAUGGUAAGGUCUGCCGAGCAUGCACAAGGACAGAAGGUAACCAGCAAAAGAAGGAAAGUGACUCAUGCCCCUUACUUAACUACUUAAGAAAAAGUUAAUUUUCGCUGCACAUCCUUUUUAUCUUUCUGAAAAUAUUCAUCUCACUUUGCUGAAGUGUACAGAAGAUUGAAGGUAGAGUUUUUUG